GUUUAGAGUAUGGAUCGCGAAGAGUAACAUCUAUCAUAGUAGUGAAGCGGCAGAACCACACUGGAAUAAGCGUGUUUUACUAAAUUUAAGGCCGACAUGGGCACUUUUGGAUGACUGUGCCUGCAGUGUGUAACACACCAUGCGAUUCUUCUGCAGCAUGAGUAUUUGAUACUAUUUAUAGUUUAAUUUAUUAAGGAUGGAUAACCUGUCUGGGCUGUUUGGUGAUGGGGACCUGAGUGACCUGGACCUGGGAGGAGAUUCCUUUGGUGGUCCCUCGGGUCCCACGCCUGUCUCUGUGCAGGAGAUGGACCUCAGCUACAACCAGCCAUCAUACACCAGUAUAGGGUCUGCGGCUGGGGGUCCUCCACCUCAGGGCCCGGGACAGAAGAUGGGUAUGGGUGGUGGGCCCCCUCCGUCGGCGCAAGGGAUGUACCCCGGCCCUGGACCAGGGCCUGGACCAGGACCUGGUUACCAGUAUCCUGGAGGGCCAGGCCAACAACAGCCUCCUAUGAAUCAAUACCAGGGUGGUCAGUAUCGACCGUCAUACCCACCGUCUGGCCAAGAGAUGUAUGCCCAAACCUGGAACAACCAGCCGGACCCAUACAAUCACAUGCCCGGAGGUUAUCAGCAACAGCCAAAUUAUCCCCAACAAAGUAUGCCGCCAUAUCAGAACCAAGGCAUUACAAACUCCAGCAUGGGAGGCACUAUGCAACAGAACAUUCCACAGAAUUACCAGGGCAUGCCACCCCAGAGUAUGGGUCAGGGUUACCCACCUGGUUCUCAGGGCAUAACUUACCAAGGUGCACCAAGGCCACCUUAUCCUGGGUUUGACCCCCAGAGACCAAUGGCUUCCAACUCCCCAAAUAUGAGUCCCUACCCAGGGGCUCCCCCAGCACCCGGCCAGCCUCAGCAGUACGCCAUGAGUCAGGGUAUGAGACAGCCAUAUCAGAUGGGACAGUAUCCUCAGGGCCAAGUUCCUAUUGGGGGGCAGCAGCAGCCGCACCCAGGCCAGCCCAUGAUGGGAGGGCCACGACCUCAGGGUGAUAUGAACCAGUACCCUGGCUCUCAGGUACCUAAUGGCACACCAGGCUUUAGAGCAUCAUUCCCCCAGGCUUCUCCACAGCUGUCACCCCAUCCGCAAGCAUCGCCUCGGCCUCAGAUGUCCCCGAUGCCACGUAGCAUGUCACCCCACCCCCGCCCCAAUUCUAAUCUAGGAAUGACUACUCCUGUAUCAUCCCCUGCGUCCAUGCCUCCGUCAUCAAGUGCGUCGCCAGCUCCUCUUGGCGGUGCACCAGGAUCCAGCCUACAGCAACUUGAAAGUAUGGUGAAGCCUGGUAGCGUUGCUGGAAGAAACACACCUACCAGCCAGCGAUGCACUACCCCUAAUCAGCCUAUGCCAUCACCUGGUCUGUAUGCUGGCUCCUCUGGAGUACCUAGUCCGUUGGGCACCCGACCACCCAUGUCUCCAGGCAUGGUUAGUAGACCUUCUAUGGGUACUCCAAUGAGUCCAGGUCUAGGGCCUGGGUCAGUCCGACCUCCCAUGUCUCCACAGCAGUGGCAGCAGGCUCGGCCAAUGGCCCAACAAAGUUACAUGCAACAGAGCAGCUAUAUGCAAGGAGGCAGUAUGGCAGGGCCAAGGCCUCCUAUUACCCAACAACAGUCGCCUAUACCAACGCCUCAAGGACAGGACUCUGCAAUGCCUGACAGUAUUUCUAAUGUUAGUGAUGGUAGUUUGACUCCGAACAGUAGUACAUCAAGUGUGUGUGUGUCUCAGAGUAAUGGACCAGUGUCAACUCCAAGUGUCAAUACCAGUAUAGUGAAUAGUGCAGUAAGUAGUUUAGCAAACAGUGAAUCUUUGAGUGAGUGUGUUCAGGUGCAAGCCUCUUCUAGCCCAACUACGACUUUAACUACAUCAACAGUAAAUGGACCUACACUGACAACUUCAGCCAUUCAACAACACCAAGCUUCAGCACCCACCAACGUGCCUACCACUUCCACCAACCCUGGAAGUUUGCCAACAAGUGCUGUGAAUCAGAAUGGUAUGAUGCCUAGUUUAGUAGCCACAAAUGGUAUGCCACCAAGCACGGUCACACCAAACGGGAUGCCUCCAAGUAGUAUGCCAAAUGCGUCGGGGCCUGGAAUCAUGACAUCAACAGGCAUGCCUCCUCGUGGUCCCCAAGGGCCAGGUAUGAUGAGAUUUCCAGGUCCUCAGGGCCCUCACGGACCAUACCAGCAAGUAAUGGGGCAGCAAGGAUAUAGAGUUGUUGGUCCAGUGUCCUAUGGACCACAAGGACAGAUGUCCCCAGGGCAGAGACUACCGGGUCAGAUGCCACCAGGACCUGGUCAGAUGCCUCAGGCACCGGGGCAGAGGCCACAAGGACCAGGGCAAAUGCCGGGAGGUCCUGGACAGAUGCAUCCAGGUCCUGGCCAAAUGCCACCAGGAGGGCCAGGCCAUAUGCCACCAGGACAUAUGCCUCCAGGAGGUCCUGGACAGAGCACUAACCAAAUGUCAACACCUGGCCAAGUAUCUGGAAAAGGACCCGGCCAGAUGGCUCCUGGAGGCCCAUGUCAGAAACCCCCAGGUGGCCCAGGACAGAUGCCUCCAACAGGGCCAGGCCAAAUGCAAACAGGAAGCCCAGGACAGAUGCCACCAGGUGGACCAGGGCAGAUGCCACCGGGUGGACCAGGACAGAUGCCACCGGGUGGACCAGUACAGAUGCAACCAGGUGGACCAGUACAGAUGCAACCAGGUGGACCAGGGCAGAUGCAACCAGGUGGACCCGGGCAGAUGCAACCUGGCGGACCCGGGCAGAUGCAACCUGGCGGACCCGGGCAGAUGCAACCUGGCGGACCCGGGCAGAUGCAACCUGGCGGACCCGGGCAGAUGCAACCUGGCGGACCCGGGCAGAUGCCUCCUGGAGGCCCAGGACAAAUGCAACCUGUUGGUCCAGGACAAAUGCCUCCCGGUGGCCCAGGACAGAUGCAACCCAGUGGUCCAGGACAGAUGCCUCCAGGAGGUCCAGGUCAGAUGCCUCCAGGAGGUCCAGGACAGAUGCCUCCAGGAGGUCCAGGACAAAUGCCUCCAGGAGGUCCAGGACAAAUGCCUCCAGGAGGUCCAGGACAAAUGCCUCCAGGAGGUCCAGGACAAAUGCCUCCAGGAGGUCCAGGACAAAUGCCUCCAGGAGGUCCAGGACAAAUGCCUCCUGGUGUUCCAGGCCAAAUGCCACAUGGAGCGCCUAGUCAGAUGAUGCCAGGAGGGCAAUUGCCAACCGGUGUGGCGGCACAGAUGCCCCCAGGUUCACAAAACCAAGUCCCACCAGGACAGAUUCCAACAACACAGAUGGGACCCAUGGGGCAAAUGGGACCAGGGAUGCAUCCUCAGGCAUCUGUAGGUCCUGGCAUGGGACCUGGUCCCCAGAUGGGACCCGGUCCCCAAAUGGGACCCGGUAUGGCACCGGGACCAAUGGGUAUGCCUCCGCAAGGUCCUCAUUCUAUGCAACCCCAGAUGAAUUUUGCUUUUGAGAUUCAGCAGUGCCAGCAGCAGCUGCAGCAACUAUACAAAAUGCCACAGAACGUGCAAACACAACAGAAGAUUCAAGAAAUGCAGCAGAGGAUAAAUCACUUGCAGCAACAACAGUCGCAACAGCAACAGCAAUUCAUGCAACAACAGCAGCAGGGGAUGUUCAACCAGCAGCAGCAGCAGCAGCAGCAGCAGCCUCCUGACGAUGGCAGCAAAGGCAAGAGCAAAAAAGCCUCCAAACCCAAGGCGCCCAAGACCCCGAAGACUCCUAAGGAGCCCAAGCCCAAGAAGGAGACCAAGAGCAAGAAGGAAUCCGCCAAGCCCAAGGAACCCAAGGAGCCCAAGCCAAAGCGGGUUAGACCGUCUCGUCAGCCCCAGGAAAACAAGACAUCAAAAGAUUCAAAGAAAAGCCCUUCAGGGAGAAAGUCACGUGCUAAAAAAGCCAUUACUCCAACUGGGCCAGAUGGAGCUCCCUUACCUGUUGACACAGGCACAGGUGCCCCACCAGCUGCCCUAAUGGAUCCAGCAGUUGCACCUCCAGGCACUCCUCUUGACCCCACAAAGGUGAACCCAGUGACAGGUUUACCUUUGAAUGCAGCUACAGCAGCUGCUACUACUCCCAAGCCCAAGCCCGAGAAGAAGCCCAAGGUGAAGAGUGCGACACCUUCUAAGAAAAAACCUGCAGCCAAACUCACACUCAAUUUCAAAAAGAAAAGGAAACGAAGAGGGUCAGAAAGCGAUUACUCUGACAUGGAGGAAGGAAAACUCAAUUCAUCAUCUAGGGAUGAGGAUGAUGCCAACAAGAGACGUUCAGGACGUAAUACAGCUCGGAAGAAGUAUGUUGAUGAGUUGGACUUGAACUUGUCUGAUGAUGAUUCCUUGCUUAUCAAGAAUGCCAAUGGUCCAGGGGGCGGUGACCCUCAGAGCGCAGCAGAUUUGGCUGCUGCUUACACCGGACAGAAUCCAGUUGAAGAUGCUGAAGGAAAUCUUAUUAAACCUAAUUUUGUAUAUGUGGAUCCAAACCUAGAAGAUACCAUGGUUGUACAGUUCAUUCUUGGUAUGCGGACGGGCACUAGAGAAAUUGAAAGCGACACUGAAGAUGAAAAAGAAAAAGAGGAGGAGGAAAAACAAGAGGGUGAUGAGAAAGAGAAGAAUGGGGAAGAGGAGGAGGAGAAGAAGAAGAAGGAGAAGAAGCCCAAGGGUCCACCAAAGAAGAUUGAGGUUGAAGAAUUCUUUGUGAAAUACCGGUCCUUCUCUUACUUGCACUGUGAGUGGCGCACAGAAGAAGAACUUUUCAAAGGGGACAAACGCAUUAAUGGUAAAGUUAAACGCUACAAGCAGAAGAGGGCCAUGAGCCUGAAUGUUAUGGACUUUUUGGAAGAAGAGGCUUUUAACCCAGAUUAUACAGAAGUGGACAGAAUCUUAGAUGUAACAAUCACAAAUGACCCAACCACAGGAAAGGAAAUCAAGCAUUAUUUGAUCAAGUGGAAGGCUCUUCCUUAUGAAGAUUCCACUUGGGAAUUGGAAGAUGAAGUUGACACCCUGAAGAUUAAAGCUUUCUUGUCGUAUAAAGACCCUCCUCCAAAGGGUGAUUGGAAAAUUAAGAAGCGACCAAAGCCAAGUGAGUGGAAGAAAUUGGAUGAAUCCCCUCUAUACAAAAAUAAUAAUUCACUUCGGGAGUAUCAGCUUGAAGGCCUUAACUGGCUGAACUUCUCUUACUACAACUCACAUAAUUGCAUCCUGGCUGAUGAGAUGGGUCUAGGAAAGACUAUCCAGUCACUAUCGUUUAUUGACGCAUGCUACAAAUAUGGGAUACGUGGACCGUACCUGAUUAUUGCACCUCUUUCCACAAUCCCAAAUUGGCAGCGAGAGUUUGAAAGUUGGACUGAUCUCAAUAUCAUUGUUUACCAUGGAUCGCAAGCAAGUCGUAACAUGAUUCUUGAGUAUGAGAUGUACUACAAGGAUGAGAAGGGUCAGCGAAUACCAAAUCUUUACAAGUUUAAUGUCCUCAUUACUACUUUUGAAGUUAUUAUAUCAGAUUGCCUUGAGCUGAAAGAGAUUCACUGGCGUUGCUGUAUCAUUGAUGAGGCACACAGACUGAAAAACAGGAAUUGUAAGCUGUUAGAAGGUCUACGACUUAUGCACAUGGAGCAUAGAGUGCUGCUCUCAGGAACACCAUUGCAGAACAAUGUAACAGAAUUGUUCUCUCUACUCAACUUCUUGGAACCAACUCAGUUUGCCUCGCAAGAAACGUUCCUACAAGAUUUUGGGAAGCUGGAAUCUGAAGACCAAGUGAAGAAGCUGCAAGCACUCCUCAAACCUAUGAUGUUGAGAAGAAUGAAGGAAGAUGUAGAGAAAAGUCUUGCACCAAAGGAAGAAACAAUUAUUGAAGUUGAAUUGACAAAUAUACAGAAGAAGUAUUAUAGAGCUAUUCUUGAGAGGAAUUUUGAUUUCCUUGUGAAAGGUGCAACUUAUGCUAAUGUACCAAGUCUGAUGAAUACUAUGAUGGAGCUGCGUAAAUGUUGCCUCCACCCAUAUCUCCUCAAUGGUGCAGAGGAAGCCAUUCAGCAGGAUUAUCGUGACUCCCAUCCACACCAUCAGCAGGAACAGGACACAUACCACAAUGCACUUAUUCAGUCCUCUGGCAAAAUGGUAUUAACAGAUAAGUUGCUGCCCAAGCUAAGAGAAAAUGGUCACCGAGUCCUUAUUUUCUCUCAAAUGGUCAAGCUGCUGGAUAUUCUUGAAGACUACCUCAUAUUUAGAAAGUAUCCAUAUGAAAGAUUAGAUGGUCGGAUCCGUGGCAACUUGCGUCAAGCUGCCAUUGACCGUUUUUGCAAGCCAGACUCUGAUAGAUUUGUGUUCCUGCUGUGUACCAAAGCUGGAGGUCUAGGUAUCAACCUGACCGCUGCCGAUACUGUGAUAAUUUAUGACAGUGAUUGGAACCCUCAGAAUGACCUGCAAGCCCAGGCACGGUGCCACAGGAUUGGGCAGUCAAAGAGUGUCAAGAUUUAUCGUCUGUUAUGUCGAAACACAUAUGAACGAGAGAUGUUUGAUAAAGCAUCUAAAAAACUAGGUCUUGACAAAGCUGUUUUGCAGUCAAUGAAUAGUGAACAAGGAAAGGCAGCAGCAGGAGGCAACUCCAUGGGCCUUUCUAAGAAAGACAUUGAAGAACUCUUGAAGAAAGGUGCCUAUGGAGCUUUGAUGGAAGAAGAAGAUGGGGCUGAUGAUUUUUGUGAAGAGGACAUUGAUCACAUUCUCUCCAGAAGAACAACAGUUAUUCAACAUGAGAGUGAGAAAGGAUCCUCAUUCUCCAAAGCUUCAUUUUCUGCAUCAUCUAACCGCUCAGAUAUUGAAUUGGAUGAUCCUGAUUUCUGGAAGAAGUGGGCAAAGAAAGCAGAGAUUGAUACAGAUUUAGGGGAUAAAAUGAGAAAGAAAAACUUGAUAGUGGAAGAACCAAGGCGUAGGUCCCAAAUCCGUCGAUAUGGUCAUGAUGAAUCUGUACUGGACUGCAGUGAUCUUGAAUCUUCUGCAAGUGACUCAGCUGCAGAGAAGGAUAAUGAACCAGAGAUGAUUCCAGAGCUACUCAAAGGACGUGGCCGUGGACGUGGAAGAGGUCGUGGCAAUAGGGGUAGAGGAGGAAGAGGGAACCGAUCAACCAGAGCCUCAAGAUGGGUGUUUGAUGAAGAGGCAGCUGAAUCAGAUAUUGUGGUGUAUGGCCAGUGGUUACGUUCUGAGUGCUUCAAGGUGGAGAAGGGGUUGUUGAUGUAUGGAUGGGGAAGAUGGAAAGAGAUUCUUAUUCACGGAGAUUUCCGUCCAGCGUGGAAGGAAACUGAUGUGAUGGAGUGUGCACGCAUGAUCCUUCUCUUCUGUAUUCGUUAUUACCGGGGGGAUGAUAAAAUCAAGGGCUUUAUUUUUGAUUUGAUUGCCCCAACUUCAGAUGGUAAAACUCGUGUCCACCAUAAUCACAUUGGCCUCUCAGCCCCUGUCCCACGUGGCCGCAAAGGUAAAAAAAAGAUCAGGGAAGCAAAGAUGGUGGCAACACACAUGGAAGGAGCCGAUUGGGCCAAGGAAGAGAAGUUUGAUACAGAAGUGUACUUAGAUCAAGGUUACUCAAGACACCUUACUCGUCACUCCAACAAGGUGUUGUUGAGGGUACGGCUCCUCUUCUACAUAAAGCAAGAAAUCAUUGGUGAUUUUGCAAAGCAGAUUGACGAAGGAUGCAAGGCGGAAGAGCUGAAUAUUACCCCUCCCCCUACAGAAUUGCCACCUAAACCUUGGUGGGAUCUGGAGGCAGACCGAUCACUACUUGUGGGUGUAUAUAAGCAUGGGUAUGAGCGCUAUAACGUAAUGAGGAACGACCCUUGUCUCUGCUUUCUUGGUCGCUGCGGUCCUCCUGAUAAAACAGCACUUAUGGCAGAAAUGAACACAACUAUAAAUGAGGAUGACCUGGAUAAGGAAGACAAGGAUGAUGACAAAGAUGACGAGGACUCCAACCAGACUCCUCUGCCAUCAAGCCCUGCUGUUUCAACCUCUACCUCUAAGUCUGAUGAUGACAAAUGUGAUGAAAAAGAUGAGAAGACGACCGGAGAAAAGAAAUUGUUUAAUUUCCCGUCCACAUCUGAUCUCAAUGGUCGCCUUCGAAGACUUGUGACAACUUGUCAACGGAACAAUCGCAAAAACGACCUCAGAAACGAGGCCAAGGUCAGGGGUUAUGACCACUACUUAGCUGAUAAACUCAUGAGGAGAGAGCGCAUGGCAGAAUACAUUCGGGAACGAGAGCUACGCAAAACAGACUACAACCAAAGACGGUGGUCAAAUAGAGAGCAGGCAGAGUUCUACCGCACCAUUUCUACAUUUGGUGUGGAAUAUAUCAGAAAAGAAAAAAGGUACGAUUGGUCCAAGUUCCGUAUGCUGUCACGUCUGGAGAAGAAAUACGAUGAAACACUCACUGAGUACUUCCGAGCAUUUAUGGCCAUGUGUAAGAGGCAGUGUGGAAUUCGAUUAUCAGAGGAAGAGAAUGAGAAACUUUUAGAAGUUGGUGUAGAUAGAUUACCAGAGGAGCGUGCCCGAAGAGUUCUAGAGCGAGUAGAUCUCCUCAAUCGCCUUCGUAAUGAUGUUCUGCCCCAUCCAGCUCUGAAGGAUGCAUUAGAGCUUGCCUUACCUUCCAAGGAUAUGCCUGACUGGUGGAUUCCUGGAAAGCAUGACCAUGACCUUCUAAAGGGUGUCAGCAGACAUGGUUUGGGCCGCACUGAUUACUACAUCUUGUACGACCCUGACUUGAACUUCCGCGACAUUAUCCGGCGCCACACAGCUGGAGAACCCCUUAUCACAAAGGAGGAAAAAGAGGCAUUGCACAAAAAAUAUUACAAGAAAAAAGGAAAGGAGGGUGAAAAAGGAAAAGAAAAGAAGCAGGAGAAGGAGAAGGAGGAGACAAAGAAGGAAACAAAGAAGGAGAAGGAAAAUGUAGAAAAAGAAAAGGAAGUAGAGGAGAAAGCAAAGGAAGAAGAGGAAGAGGAGAUGGAAGAAGAUAAGGAAGAGGAUACACAGGACAUGGAGGAAGAAGCAAAAGAGGAGGAGGAGGAUGGAGAGAAUGACACAGAGAAGCCAUCUACAGAAGCCUCAGAAAUUGAAAAAGAAGCUGAGAAAGAGGAAUCAUCCAGUAAAGAUUUAGAUACUGAGAAAGAGGCAGAAGAGGCAAAUGAAGAGUCAAAAGAGGAAAAUAAAAUUAAUGCAGAAAAUGAAAUGGAGGACAGUGAUGGUGUCAAGAAUGAUAGCUCAGAAGAUACCAAAGAAGCAAGUAAUUCUCCAAAAGCAGAAGUUGAAGAUGCAAAAGUCAAACAGGAAAUCAAAGAGGAGAUGGUGGAUGAAGAAUCUAUUAAAAAAGAGGUAAAAGAAGAGGGAGAUAAUGAAGCAAAGGAAGACAAGAAAGAGGUUGUUGUUAAGACAGAAGUGAAAGUAGAAGCUAAAGAAGAAUCCAAAGAAGAUGGAAGUAUAGUCAAAGAAGAAGAAGAAAAAAUGGAGACAGACGAGAGCUCCAAAGUAGAUGAGAGUGAAGCAGUUGAUGAAGAGAUGAAGGAAAGCAGUAAUGAUGAAACCAAAGAAAGCAAUGAUGCACAUCAGGAGAAGAAAGGAGAGGAAAAGGCUAAAGAAGAAGGAAAAGAGGAGGUCAAGAUAAUAUCAGAGACUAAAGAUGAGAAGCAAGAUGGUGAGAAGAAAGAGAAAGGUAAAUCCAAAUCUGCUCUCCUAAGUCUUCAGCAGAUGGAUGAAGCAAUGGCCAAGUAUGGGAACAAUCUAACAUAUGACAACCUAGUUUCCAGUGAGCCCACAGUAGCACAGCUGCUAGCUCAGUCUGCUGCUAAUCCUAUAAAGUGGCCUAAAGACAGGAUACUUCAGACUAGAAUUGAACAUCUCAUGUAUGCUGUGGAGCACCGUAAAUGGCCAGUUGGCAUUGACUUCCAAAGUAGUGAUCAAGAAGUUAAAGCAUCAAGUUCCCUCCCUCAGUCUACCAGCAGUGCCUCUUCACAUUCAUCAGGUGCAUCAGAUAUGAUAGAUGCAGAACGCCGCAAGAGAUUGCAGCUUGAAGCUGCAGAAGCUGAACGGCAGCGUCUCCAAGCAUUGAUACAUCCCAACCUCCACCACACAUUAGGUUUAUCUAAAAGCUCCUCUAGUGCUGCCGCUGCUGCUGCAGCUGCUGCAUUGGGCCUUCCAUCCUUUACUAGUGCCAGCCUUAGGUCAUUCAUGGAAUCAUCUGAGGAUAGAGGAAAGAAGAGUCAACAACAACUAGUAACAGAUUCACAUGCAUUGCGGCAACUCCAGGCACUACAGGGAACAUUGGAUCUAACAAUAAAGCCUGUAAAUCCAGGUCAAAAUGCCUUGGAUUUGGCGUCUAGCCUCUUACCUCGCCGUGGCCCUGGUCGACCUAGACUGGAUGAUCCAUUGAGGUCUGUGGAAAAAAGACGACUUGGUGAAUCACCUGGAGAUUCACGAUCUCAGGAAAAGAAACGCAGAAAAUUAGAUGAAAUAGUUUUAGGACUUACAUCUAAGGGAAAGAGUCCAGAGAUGACUUGUACAACCACGAAGGAUACCAGUCCCCUUUCCCUCCUUCGUGGAUCCUCUGUAACUUUACUAAGUUCACGGGACAAAAGCCAAGUUACUAGUGCUGUAAGUACGCCCAAAUUGUCAUCCAGCAUUAGCAUUACUCCCACCAUAUCUAAGCGUCCCAUAGAUACACGGGUAGAUGACGCCACAGGAGCUUCCAAUAAAACUACAACCACCUCCAGUGAUAAGGAUGGAAAACCAGGGCUUGUUAAGCAGUCUGAUUUGCCUCCUGGUGUUACAUUACCACCAGGGAUUGAAUUAUAUCGCCCAGCUGAUGCCAAAGUUGAUAAAUGGCUUGAACAGCAUCAAGGACUUUUGGGAGAUUCUUCAAAACAAUCAAAAGAAGUCAAGAGAAGAAAACUAGAUUUUACCUCAAUGGACUGGAGUCAGUUUUCGGGUGAUGAACACGUAAAUGUAAUUAACACCUCCACCGGACAAAGAAUAAGUGGGCAAGAUGCUCCAAAGUUGAAGAACCUUGCAAAAUGGCUUAUGGAACAUCCCAAUUAUGAUGUUGAUCCACAAUGGGCAGAUAAUAUGAAGGAGAGAUCAAAUAGUCUUGGAUUAUUAUCUGAUUUACAGAAAAGACUUUCUGCCUCGGAAAAGAAACACGCCGCCUCCAUUUUAUCAUCCACAUCUGCCUUCCUUCAUAGUUCCAUGUCCUCCAGCAGCAAUACCUUAACCACUUCCUCCUCCUUGGCUUCGGGUUCCAAUGCCAGCACCACAUCUACCUCGGCUGCUGGAGGAAGCACUAGUACCUCCCUCCCUUCUUACUACUCCACAAAGGGCUUGCCAUUUGAUGCGAAGAGUAUUUUACAGAGCCUGGAUCCAAAGACCUCUCUCACUGCUGCAGCAUUGGCAGGAAUAGACCCAAAAGUCUUAGGUUUUGAUCCUAAACUACUCGGGAGCCUCGAUCCAAAAUCAUUAAGUCUAGACCCAAAGAUGCUACCUCCAUUAGAUGCAAAGUUCCUAGCAACUAUGGGCCUAGACCCUAAAUUUUUGGGAUUAGAUACUAAACAUUACGAAUCAAAGCGUCAUGAGAGCAAACAUCAUGAUAAACAUGAAAGCAAGUCAGGACACUCCUCCAGGUCGCAAGAAAGCAAGUCAUCAUUACAUAAUAUUGAUCCCAAGUUAUUAGGUUUAGAUCCAAAAGUAUUAGCAGGAUUGGAUGCUAAGACUUUAGCUGCCCUGGACCCAAAAGUACUUGCAAGUAGUUUAGCAGGAUUAGACCCUAAAGCAUUGGGAGGUCUUGAUCCUAAAGCUCUGGCAGGACUUGAUCCCAAAAUUAUGGGUGGUCUUGAUCCCAAAGCUCUAGCAGGAUUCGACCAAAAAGCUUUAGCAGGUCUACUUGACCCAAAGUUAUUAGCAGGACUAGAUCCAAAAUUCCUUGAUCCGAAAGUAUUAUCAGCUCUUGACCCUAAAUUCCUUUCAGGCUUGGACCCUAAAUUAUUAGCAGGACUUGAUCCCAAGUUAUUAGCAGGUCUAGAUCCAAAAACACUUGCUAGCCUAGAUUCUAAACUAACUGGUUUUGAUCCCAAGUUGUUAGGUCUAGAUCCCAAAAUGUUUGGGGGCAUUGACCCCAAACUGUUAGCUAAUUUGGACCCGAAGCUCCCAGGAGGAUUAGAUCCCAAGACUCUUGGGGGUAUUGAUCCAAAGUUACUAGCCAAUAUGAGUAUGGAUCCAACCAUGAUGAUGAUGGCUGGCUUUGGUGGCUUGCCAGCAAUGGCUGGACUAGGAAUGGGCAAUCCUUUAUUAGGUGGACUAGCUGGGUUUGGAUUACAUGGUUUGCCCAAUUUGAAUGAUUUAGCCUCAACCUCAAAAUCUAAGGACCAUAGAAAUGCAGCAGCGAGUUCUGCAGCCAGUUUAUCAUUUCCAAGUAUGUUCCCAGGAGUUAGCACUGCAGGCCUGAUGUACCCGCCUUUGGGACUUGGUGGGUUAGGUUCCUUCCAAUUACCAUCAAUGUCUUCUGCAGCAUCUAGUGCUUUAUUGAAUGGUAUCCCUACAAGCAUAAUGUCCACAGCAGGUUCUUCUCGCCAUGCCAACCAGACUUCUACCACAAUCAGUAGCAGCAGCAAGUGGCGUGAUGACCAUAGAAAAUCUCGCGAAGCAAGGGAUGAUCACCGUAGUAGGGCAGAGAAGCAAGAACCAUCAGAUGAAGUAGAACGGGGCCUUAGUGUGCGUAAAGAAAGAUUGAAGGAACAAUCUGGACUGUCAAAAGAGGAACGUUAUUUACUGAAACAGAUGAAAGCAGAAAGAUUGGCUCGUGAGAUUGAAGCUCAGGGAGGGCAAGACCCCUAUGCAGCACACUUAGAUUUGUCAUUGCAUAAAAAUCAGGAUGUUCAUAGAAAUGUGAAAGCCCAAGAAGCACCAGAAAACCUGAGCAAGGAAUCUGAUGCUAGAAGGCAUGCAUCUGGGGGGGAAGCCCAAAACUUGAACACAAAGGAAGUGGAAAAUGGUGAAAAAAGUGGCACAAACUCUGAGAAGGAGGAGGAGGAGGAGAUGUCAUAGUGCAGUGGUGUCACAUUCUACAAAUCAACAGUUGUAAGCAGUAAUUUAGCCAACAUUGAAAGUAUAAUUGGUAUACUUUAGUAUAAACCUGAGGCGAUAUUUUAGUUAAAAUGUGUGAAUGAAAACUCUAAGUAUGCAAUGUGUGUGACUGUGACAUACUACAACCCCACCCCACCCCCCGUUUUCCAUGCUACCGCUCUUCAUAUACCCACACAUCAAAUAUUCACUUUGACAUUUAACUGUGAUACUGACCUCAUUAUUUAUUCCAUAUUUUGUGCGAAAAUAAUAUAUCAGCUGUCUGAAGGGAACACAUUUCCAUUGACCAUUGAAAAAGCCAAGUUUGAAGUGUGAAAGCAUCUUAUCUUUUCCAUUAGUGAUGUGUGCCAGGUGUUGUGAUGACGCUGCAACAGUGCAGAAAUGGACGAGAAUGAGCUAAGUUGCCUAGUAUUGAUGAACACAAACUAUUAGUGAUACGCUAAUUUGGAUCUGAAUUGUUCCAAGCUGUUAUGAGAGGAGUGGUGCAUCUGUUUAUUGUGUGUGUGGUCGUGUAACAUUCUAGAAGCUGCUUUAUAUUGUAUAAUUGCUAUUUCACACAUUGAACCUCUCGAAAGUGCUUUAGGAGUCAAGUACAAGAGUGUAGAGAUCUUUCCUUUCAUUAAAAAGAGUUGGAUCUUAACUGCAAUCCCAUGUCUGUGUAUAUAUUAUUAUUAAGACUGAAUAAAAUUGUAAGCAAACUUUUGUAAAAGCUAAAUGUAAACUAAAGUUCACUAAUAUUAAAGGGAACUUGGUGA